AGUCUAGCUCUGUAGCCCAGGCCAGAGUGCAGUGGUGGGAUCUCGGUUCACUGCAACCUCCAUCUCCUGGGUUCAAGUGAUUCUUGUGCCUCGGCCUCCGUAGUAGGUGGGAUUACAGAUGUGCACCACCACACCCAGCUAAUUUUUGUAUUUUCAGUAGAGACGGAGUUUCACCUUGUUGGUCAGGCUGGUCUCCAGCUCCUGACCUCAGGCGAUCCGCCCCCCUCGGCCUCCCAAAGUGCUGGGAUUACAGGCCUGAGCCACUGCGCCUGGCCCAUGCUUUUCUCUAAAGUAUGAAAGGAAUAUGUACUUUCUUCUUAAAAACCAUGUACCAAACAGCACUUUUCAAUUAAAAUGUUAUUUUUAAAAGUUUAAAUCCCCAAAUUUCAUGGCUCUUUUUAAACAUCACUUUUUAAAUAAAUGUCUAAAUUUUUAACUCAUUACAGCUUUCUCCAAAACAACAAAUUCAUAUUCUGAGCCAAAAACUGUGCACCUCUUUUAGUGAUGAGGACGGAGUCCAAAUUGAGGACAUCCCUUAUAACUCACAAUGCACACAUAUUCUCACAUCAGUAGCAACAUAGAAUGCAACUGAUGACCAAUAUAUAUUCACAAAGAAUUGAGGACCAUGGCUAAGAGUUGCAUUCGGAUUCCGAUGUGACUGCUAUAGUCCUUAACACCGACAAGCUCCAGGUGAGUCCCUCGGCCCCGGGGGUGUGGCGGGCGUCACCCGUUGUCCGGGCCCACACCCCGCAGACCCAGUCCUAGCUCGCUAGCUAGACCACGAAGGGCCGCUGGGUGCAGCGACAGAGCGCGGGGCCCCGGCGACCCCGCCCCGCGCCGCGUCACUCGGCGCCCUGCGGCGCGCUGUAAGCACCUACCACAAGCGGAGCUGCGAGGGAGAGGCCGCGGCCCCUUCCCGUUGCCUGCGGCCACGCGCCGGCAUUCAGAGCCCCUCGCCUGGCGCUAAAUUUAAAAACGUAACACGAGCAGCAGGCUGGUCUCGGAAACGAAACGAAACUCUGCCCCCAGUGCUCCUCCCGGGCGCUGCCGGUCCCUCAGCGCGCCGCGCCACCCGGAACAGACCCUUCUCCCGCCAUUUUCGGCGGGGCUGGGAGACUGAGGCCCGCGGCGCUGGGCCUGCGGCGCCCCGGAAGAGGCGGGCGGCAUGGCCACCGGCGUGGACUGCGGGGACGGGGUUGGCGCCCGGCAGCACGUGUUCCUGGUUCCAGAAUAUUUAAAAGAUGCUUCAAAGAAGAUGAAAAAUGGGCUAAUGUUUGUAAAACUGGUUAACCCGUGUUCAGGAGAAGGAGCCAUUUACUUGUUCAAUAUGUGUCUACAGCAGCUGUUUGAAGUAAAAGUUUUCAAGGAAAAACACCAUUCUUGGUUUAUAAAUCAAUCAGUUCAAUCAGGAGGUCUUCUCCAUUUUGCCACACCUGUGGAUCCUCUAUUUCUGCUUCUCCAUUACCUCAUAAAGGCUGAUAAGGAGGGGAAGUUUCAGCCCCUUGAUCAAGUUGUGGUGGAUAACGUGUUUCCAAACUGCAUCUUGUUGCUGAAACUUCCUGGACUUGAGAAGUUACUUCACCAUGUGACAGAGGAAAAAGAAAUAGACAACAAGAAAUAUUACAAGUACAGCAAAGAGAAGACAUUAAAGUGGCUGGAAAAAAAGGUUAAUCAAACUGUGGCAGCAUUAAAAACCAAUAAUGUGAAUGUCAGUUCUCGGGUACAGUCAACUGCAUUUUUCUCUGGUGACCAAGUUUCCACUGACAAGGAAGAGGAUUAUAUUCGUUAUGCCCAUGGUCUGAUAUCUGAUUACAUCCCUAAAGAAUUAAGUGAUGACUUAUCUAAAUACUUAAAGCUUCCAGAACCUUCAGCCUCAUUGCCAAAUCUUCCAUCAAAGGCUGCUACCCACAGCUUCUCUGCAGCUGGUGUGUUCAGCUCCUAGAUCCAGAGAACGCAGAAGCCAGUCAUAAACCACACCUGACUGCAAAUUGCAGCGUUCCUUCAGCCCAGGCCAGAUCUCAGAUGAGUUAAACGCUGCUCCAAGACAGGGAAAUAAACAUGUGCACCAGCUUGUCAGUGAGGUCAUUUCUUCAGCCAGCAAAGUAACGGAUGCCUUGAGAAUGUAAAAUGGACAUAAUGCGGAUGUUACAAACUUUCCUUCUCCCUUCCAUUCGUUUCUUGGCCUUCAAGGUAGCUAACAUGCUCAUAAUUUUUUAUGUCAUUCCCUGUAUAGAGGUGGUGGUGGCUCCAAAAACAUUGUCCUUAGAAAAGGACAGAAAGUUGAAAGUACAGCAGUGUUUGUUUGGGGCUAUGUUCAGCAUGUUGUCAAAAAAAAAAAAAAAAAUGCUCAUUUUACUCUCUUGGAGAAUAGCACUGGGCAGAAGUCUGUUGCUGUAAGAUCUAAGGACUGCUCUAGGCCAGACCCAUGCUUCUUUCAUUCCAGUAGUUAAUCUCUGACAGUAGCUCUAGAGGAUCUAGAGAGGCACAGUUGUCUUGCUGAAACUAAGAGGGUAGGUUCUCAGAGUGCUUCUUAUUUUUCUUCAUCCAAAAAUUAAGCAGAUUUUUUUCUCCCAAAUAUCUAUCUUCCUUAGUAACUUAGAGAUCAUUCAUGAAUUGAUCUAAACCUAUUCUUGAAAGCUUUAGCCUUGAAUACCUUUUGGGGUAAUAUGUUUCAUAACUUUAUUCUUCUCUGCUCCUUAUUUCUGUUUUCUUAUUUUAAUUUUCAGAAUUUAAGUUGUUUGUGACUUCAUCAUUUAUGAUUUAGAUCAGGGAUCAGCAAACCUUUUCUUCUAAAGCCAGAUAGUAAAUAUUUUAGGCUCCAUGAAGCAGAUGGACUCUGUUGCAACUACUCAACUCUGCUGUUGUAUUGUGAAAACAGCCACAGAUAAUACAUAAACGAAUGAGCAUGGCUGUGUUCCAGUAAAACUUCAUUUAUAAAAGCAGGCAGCCAGCUGGAUUUGGCCCCUGGGCCAUCAUUUGCCAAGCCCUGAUUUUGAUUUUGGCAUCUUGCUCUUCCUAAACCCCAGCCUUGUCUUCUAUAUUAUUUGAGUUGCUUUUCGAGGUCUUCUAUUCUGUGUCUUUCUGGGGUUCCAGUGUACACAUGACAAACUAUACUAGAUGAUGUACCAUCGUUUAAACAAGCGUAGGACAUAUCUUCUGCUAGGUUUCCUGUCUGUAUCCAGGAUUUGAUUGAUUUUUACAGUAAUAUAGUUGACUGUUUCCAGGAAAUAUAUUCCAGUAGCCGUUAGGUAUCUUUGUAUCUAUGUUGUAAUCGAUAGCAUGGAGCCUGUCAUCUUUAAUGUGUUUUAUAUUAUUUUCCUUUACUAUCAUAUGUCUGCCUUUGUUGAAACUCAGCUUCCAACCCUCACUCGCUCCAGUCUUUUCAAUUUGUCACUGUCAGCAAGCAGAGUUGAAUGCAACCAGUGGGUUUGGAGAUGUUCCCGAGUUCCUUCUUGCAAAUCAUUUGUAAGAAGGCCUAACAUUAAUCCCUGUGGUACUCUGCAGUUUGUUCUCUUUCCAGAACUGUAUCCAUUUAGUCAUAGCCUUUGUUACUGUCUUUCUGAGCCACUUUUCUGCUGAAACAAUCUCCCAAAUCCAUAGUGAUUUGGUCUUUUAAAUAACAAAAAUUUUAGUAAAUGCUUCAAUCAUCUUUUUUUCCAAUAUAUUCAACAGUGCACUGGGAAUAACAUAAAAACUAGUUAUAUGUAGAGGCUACCACAAUCAUUUUCUUUUUUUAAACACUUGUAACUGGUAUCUUGUUUUGUUGUGAGCUGUUAAAACACCUGAACAAGUCAUUUCUCCAAUUAAACAUUUUAUGUCCAUACAAAAGUACCUUUCAUCUUAAGUUCUUGUAAUGAACACUUUUUAUUUGAAUUAUCAGUGAAAAGUGAACCUCAUCAGUGCAGUGGCACACACUUGUAGUCUUAGCUACUCAGGAGGCUAAGGCAGAAGGUCGCUUGAGCCCAGGAGUUCAAGGCUGUAGUAUAUGAUGAUCGCAACUAUGAAUAGCUACCGCCCUCCAGCCUGGGCAACACAGUGAAACCCUGUCUCUAAAGAAAAAAAGAGAAUAAUGUCUAAGUGUUUAUAAUGACAUCUAUGUUAGGAACAUUUUCCCACAGAGAAGGAACACAAGCAUCCGCAUAACUUCAAGCUUUUUGUGUUUUGAAAAUAUUUUGGCCUUCAGCAUUAUUAGCUGUGAGUUCCACCCUCCUAGCUGAAGAUACCUUUCUAGUAAAAAAUGUGCAUCACCUAAACACCCUUUGCUGUCUUAAUUUAAAUAGAAACAUGUAUUCUUUUCUUCUUUUUUGAGACAAAGAGUCUUGCUGUGUCAUCUAGGCUGGAGUGCAGUGGCACAAUCUCAACUUACUGCAGUCUCUGCUUCUCAGGUUCAAGCAAUUCUCAUGCCUCAGUCUCCCGAGUAGCUGGGACUACAGGCACAUGCCACCAUGCGCAGCUAAUUUUUAUAUUUUUAUUAGAGAUGGGGUUUUGGCCAUGUUGGCCAGGCUGAUCUCGAACUCCUGGCCUCAAGUGACCUCCCACCUUGGCCUCCCAAAGUGCUGGGAUUACAGGCAUGAGUCACUGCAGCAAGCUGAAACAUAUAUUCUUAACAAAGUUGCAAAUAUGCAUUCACUUGGUGCUGAUAGGUGGUUCAUUUGUGAUGGAUUAGUCUUUCUUUUAAUGAUUCAUUUGCUAGAGGUUGCUGUGUGGCCAAGAGAAGGUUUUCCUAUAGUGUGUGGUAUAUUCCCAGGAUGAGCCUCUGUUUUUUACAGCAAACGAUUUUAAGACAUGGUGUUUUAUCCUCUUGGGUUAUGGGAUAAAACACCAUGGGCUGUGGAAUCUUUUAGCACCAACUCUACCAGUUCUUUGUUUAGCAAAGCAGGGGCAUGAAGAAUGAAGCUGGGAAGAAGUCUGUUUCCUAGGGUAGAUCCAUGUUGGGUCUGGUCAACCUGGUGUCUCCACAAACAGCCUGAAAGUUAUAAAAAUCUGGGUUGUGAUCACCAUGCAGUCAAUUCUCCAUGUUCAACAGCAAGACUUGUCUUCCCUGCUAUUGUACCUUUUACAUAAUAUGUGUGGCAUGAUUUCUUCUAUAUUGUGAUCAUUAAGGCCUUGACAAGAUUCUCACAUUCACUGGUGUAAAAUGUUCAUGUGAAAGGAGAAAAUAUUAAGUAAAGGUCUGACUUAGUUGCAUUGGGCCUAAUGGAAAGAACACUGUAUCAAAAUUGAAAUCUUGGCCAAAGUCCUCUACUUGGUGACCUUAAGCUAUUCAUUUAGCCUCUCUGCUUCCCUCUCUUGCUGGCUGCUUGCUUGUGCAAGGUUGUUCUUGCAUGGAUAAAGUAAGAUAAAUACUGUCCCUUCGUUCAUAAGUGGACAUUAAACCAGCCCAGGAGGUAAAUGAAAUAGGGAUUCUGGCUGGACACCUGGCCCCCUUCAAGAGACUAUUCUCAUUUUGACUUCUGUGCCUUGCAUUCAUCUGGUAAUUAGCAAUCCCCUCAUGGCCACCAUACCUGGCACCUACGAAGCUUGUGUUUUCUAGACCAGCUAAGGGGCUCAGCCAUGUACCUACCCAAUCAUAUCCACCAUCACCAAGGCUGCUUCUUAGAUGUGAUGUGUGGCUCGAUUCCCUAGAUGAUUGGCAAAAUAUAAAGGAGCCUGUAAAACGUAAGCCCUUUGCUGGGUCUGCUGUUCCAUUCGCCUCUGUAGAGGUCUAAAUUAUACAUGUUGGGUUUUUUUUUUUAAUGGAUUGAUGUUGUGUCAAGGUGACAUUUGACACCACUUCACUGCUCUAAUGUUGCAGAAAAUAAAGUUAUCAGAUGAGCCUGUAGAAGCAAAAGAAGAUUACACUAAGUUUAAUACUAAAGAUUUGAAGACUGAAAAG